CAACACAGACAGGAUGAGACCGGAUCCGUUGCGCAGAGCGGUCAUCUACCAAUUAAUUAGAAGCGGGCCCGAGCAUUUCUACUAACACCUUCCCUUUUCUGCUCUCCGCAGCUCUUUUCAAUAUUUUUGUUUGGACCGAAGCCAAAGGAAAAAACAGGAACCCGAAGACGAAGAACUUUCAAGAGGCUUUGGGAGGAUUUAAUGGAACAGAAUUAUAGACAGUUUUCUCUGGGGGAAAUAGCUGCACUCCCAGAAGGGGAAAUCAAAAGAAGAAAGUGUGAGACAGAGAAGACAGAAAAAGACAUAUUAGUGUUCCUAAAAAUUUCAGUGCCACACACCUCAACUGCGGAGCGAAGCACAAUUUGUGAAUUUCAAAAGAAAUGUGAGGACACGUUUAGUCUUUUUCAGACUGAGACAGAGUCCCGCUUCUGAUUUUUCUAGCUCACACGGCGUGGAUGUAAAAAACUAAACAAACAACAAAACUCCUGCUGAGUGUUUGGUUACACUUCUCCCAGCUGGAAACCCUUCUACCAGUAAACUCUGCCAGCAAAACUGGGGCGCCCCGAAGUGGAGGCGCUUCAGGGAGGGGGAACGCCAUGAGACGAUCCAAACACUAAUGUUACAGGUGGUUGAUGGAGAGGAUUUCGAAUGUCAGCCGGGACAGUGGUCAUCGCAGGAGGAAUUCUGGCUACAGUCAUCUUACUGACCAUCGUUGCUGUGCUGUGUUUAUGUAGGUUGCAGUAUUACUGCUGUAAGAGGGAGGAGUCUGAGAAGGGGGAAGAGGAGGAUCCAGAGCUUGGCACCAUGUCACCAUCUCGGCCCCUGGCUCUGUGCGCUCCUCCCACACCCCCAACCCCCGAACGCUACAGCGAAGAGUCCGAGGACUACCCUCCAACCUUCCUCACGGAGGCCAACGGGCCUGCCAGCUACUCCCCGACACCUCCACCACGCAGGUGCCAGCGCUCACAUGCCUUCUGCCCAUCCUGUGCCCGCUGCUCGUUGCCCUUCUACCUGCAGCACCCGGAGAGGCUGUGCAACGGCGGCCGCAGGAUCAGCUACAGGACUGUGCAGCAGGAGGAUCUAGAGCUUCCCAUGGACCUGGCCAGCUUCUACCAGAAGCUCAACCUCAUCCGCUCUGUCACUAUGAGGGAGGUGGUCACUCAAAGCGUCAGUACCGACGUCUAGGCUGAGGCAAGAUGGAGGCAGCGCUGCUGAUUUAAACUCUGACUCUGUACUCUCCCAGCAGACAUGUUGGAUUUAUACAGCAACACCGUUAAACAUGUUUCUGGAAGACUUGAACUGAAAUAUUUUUGACAGUUUUUUCUUAAACCAAUCCUUUUUUGACUGUUGUGUCUGAGUUUGUGUUUGCUAAUUAGCUAGCCAUGUAGCUAAUCAAUAUACAGUAAUGUGUAUUAACGUAUAAACAAUUUAUGUCAGUGAAUUUAACACAGAUGUGAUUUCUUUGAAUGCACCACACAGGAGUCCAGUGCAGACAGGAUGUUAUUAGCAAGUUUUGUUUUCAGUGAAUCCCAUGUGAAAAACAAAAAAUACCAACUUCUGAGGAUGUCCCAAUCAAGGUCUUUACCCCCGAUCCAAUCCUGAAUGUUUAAUAUGGAGUAUGGGUCAAUCUGAGUCCCGUUCCUUAAAGAAAUGUCCUCCCCUGUAGAUUCCUAAAAUCUUUUCUUCUUCCUUGUAUUCUCUUAGAUGUGACUGGAUUCAGUCCAAUAAAUAGAGCUGUCAGUGUUAAUGUAGUGUAGAGAGGGUGUGUUCUCUACUCCGGAAAUGUUCUGGUCAUACACAUCAUAACCUCCCUAACCCUCUAAUAUUCUUCUCUUUGAUGCUGUCGCCAGGGAACUUUUCUCCUCUUUAUACUCAGCAUUAAGUUUUGGUUGUUGUUGUUGUUGUUGUUGUUGUUGUUGUGGUGGUGCAGACAUUGACUGAGUGGACUUCAUGGAUUCUGUUUAGUGCUUUUUGUAGGUGAUUGAAUCAAGCUGGUGGUACUGAAUGAUGGUCUCCUACUACCACCUCACCAAACAACCAGAUUGCACACCUUACAAAUUUCUGUUUGACUGACUUCAUUUUCCAGAGUAAAGUUCUUCCACACAAUA